AUGGUUGAAAUUUGGCGCGAAUUCACAUAUUCGCACAAAACACAUCGAAUUCGCCACCAAAUACAACUGAUUUGUCAGGGUUGUAAUGAAGCAAAAUUAUAAGAAUAUUACGAGCAUUUUAAUGUCACAAAUUGAAAAAUGUGUCUCUGUUACGCAAAAGUUUUAUUUUCUCACUACAUAUCUCUUGAAAACGCUGUAUAAAACAAUAUAGGACAUUAUAUCUUUUAAAAUAUUCCUGAAAGUUGUACUGAAUACAUUUCAGAAACUACUAUUUCAGUGUAAUUACAUGCAACUCUUAUAUUCGCGGCGAAUUUUCGAUUCACGCUGCUGUUUUCCUUUCAACAAUUUUUGGCAGACGCGAGUUGUCUGGAGGAAUUUUUGCAUAAAAUUACCGGCAUUUUAGCUUCAUUUUUGCAUUCGCGAAAGUGUAUUUCACCACUUUUGUUUAUCGUCAAUUUAUUUUACAUUCAUUUCUUCUAUUAAACAAACGUGCUGGUACAGUGACUGGCCUGAAGGAUCAGCAGCUGCAAAAUGUCUAAUUACGUUUUAGACAAAGACACGUUUUUGCGCCGAAUUAAAAGAUUAUAUUUGGAAUGGCGGGAACCAACAUUGGCACAUGAUGAUAUAUUGAAAAAAGUGGACUGCAUCAUGUGCGUGGUGGGAGUUGAUGAAGAUAUAGUUUACUCCAAGUCACGGGCGCUGGAGAUAUGGCUAUUGGGCUAUGAACUCACCGAUACGAUAUCAAUUUUCACUAAAGACUCGGUAUAUUUUCUGGCAAGUAAGAAAAAGAUUGAAUUUCUUAAGCAGAUUGAAAAUUGUAAGGAGGAUGGUGUUCCUGAUAUUAAACUAUUGCUGCGCGAUAGGAAUAACAAAGACAAGGAUAACUUCGAUAAAUUGAAAGAUGCGAUGAAAUCAUCUAAUAAAGGCAAAACGUUGGGAGUUUUUGCCAAAGAUCUAGCUUCAAGUGAAUUUUGUGAUUCUUGGAAAGCUGCUCUAAAGAGUGAGAGCUUUGAAAAUACAGAUGUUGGUGCCCCAUUAGCGUACAUUAUGUGCACAAAGGACGAAUCUGAAAUUAAUAAUAUUCGAAAAGCAUCACUUGUAUCUGUGGAUAUAUUUAACAAAUAUUUGAAAGACGAAAUCAUGGAUAUUAUUGACUCUGAUAAGAAAAUAAAACAUUCUAAACUCUCAGAAGGUGUUGAAUCAGCACUUACCGACAAGAAGUACGUUUCUGGUGUAGACACUUCAGUAUUAGAAAUGUGUUAUACUCCUAUCAUACAAUCUGGGGGCUCUUACAGUUUGAAAUUUUCAGCACUAAGUGACAAGAAUUAUUUGCAUUUUGGAGCUAUUGUUUGCUCCUUGGGCGCGCGUUACAAAUUUUAUUGCUCAAAUAUCUCACGUACUUUUUUGGUGAACCCCACCGAUACCAUGCAAGAAAAUUACAAUUUCCUUGUUAAUGUGCAAGAGGAAAUUUUAAAACUCUUAAAACCUGGCGCCAAGUUGAAUGAAAUAUACGAUACCACAGUGGAAUAUAUAAAGAAAGAGAAGCCAAAAUUGCAGGACAACUUUACUAAAACUUUUGGAUUUGCUAUGGGAAUUGAGUUUCGAGAGAACUCAAUAGUUAUAGGACCAAAAUGUCACGCUGAAGUGCGGAAGAAUAUGGUAUUCAAUGUGAACGUUGGUAUAGCUAACCUCACCAAUACAGAAGCCUCUGAGAAGGAAGGCAAAACAUACGCCCUAUUCGUUGGCGAUACUGUGCUGGUAGGGGACACUGCACCGGCCAAUAUAAUGACACCUUCAAAGAAGAAAAUAAAAAAUAUUGGAAUAUUUAUAAAAGAUGAUAGCGAAGAGGAAGAUGGUGAUGAGAAAGAAGAGGUUAAGGAAGACAAAGGCUCGGAGAUACUGGGUCGAAGCAAACGUAAUGCUGUACUUGAAAAUAAAUUACGUACGGAAACUAACACGGAGGAAAAACGUAAGCAACAUCAAAAAGAGUUAGCUCAACUUCUGAAUGAAAAAGCAAAAGAACGUUUGGCUAAGCAGGGAGAGUCUAAGGAAGUCGAAAAAGUGCGAAAGAACACCGUCUCUUAUAAAUCUGUCAGUCAAAUGCCACGAGAACCUGAAGUAAAGGAACUAAAAUUAUAUGUUGACAAAAAGUAUGAAACUGUCAUACUGCCAAUUUUUGGCAUACCAGUUCCCUUCCACAUUUCCACAAUCAAGAACAUUUCUCAGUCGGUUGAGGGCGAGUACACAUACCUACGUAUCAAUUUCUUUCACCCAGGAGCAACGAUGGGUCGCAAUGAGGGCGGCCUAUACCCGCAACCAGAGGCGACAUUCCUUAAGGAAGUCACCUAUCGUUCUUCGAACGUGAAAGAACACGGCGAAGUAACUGCACCAUCAGCAAAUCUAAACAAUACCUUCCGCCUUAUUAAGGAAGUUCAGAAACGAUUUAAGACGCGCGAAGCCGAAGAACGGGAGAAAGAAGAUCUUGUCAAGCAAGAUACACUGAUUUUAUCGCAGAAUAAGGGUAAUCCUAAACUGAAAGAUUUAUACAUACGUCCAAAUAUUGUAACCAAACGUAUGACUGGUAGUUUGGAGGCGCACACAAAUGGCUUUCGCUACGUCUCUGUGCGCGGUGAUAAAGUUGACAUAUUAUAUAACAACAUUAAAAGUGCUUUCUUCCAACCCUGUGAUGGUGAAAUGAUAAUUUUGUUGCAUUUUCAUCUUAAACACGCUAUUAUGUUUGGCAAGAAGAAGCAUGUAGAUGUCCAAUUCUAUACAGAGGUUGGCGAGAUCACCACCGAUUUGGGCAAGCAUCAGCACAUGCAUGAUCGUGAUGAUUUGGCAGCUGAACAGGCGGAGCGCGAAUUGCGACAUAAAUUGAAAACGGCAUUCAAAAGUUUCUGCGAGAAAGUCGAGUCUAUGACCAAACAACAGGUUGAAUUCGACACGCCAUUCCGUGAAUUGGGUUUCCCUGGUGCACCUUUUCGCAGUACAGUUACUUUGCAGCCAACUUCGGGCAGCUUGGUGAACCUAACAGAGUGGCCACCAUUCGUUAUAACUCUGGAUGAUGUCGAAUUGGUACAUUUCGAACGUGUACAGUUUCAUCUUCGAAAUUUCGAUAUGAUUUUCGUUUUCAAAGAUUACCAGAGAAAGGUUGCUAUGGUAAACGCUAUUCCAAUGAAUUUGCUGGAUCACGUGAAGGAGUGGUUGAAUUCAUGUGAUAUCCGUUACUCUGAAGGUAUCCAGUCUUUGAAUUGGGCAAAGAUUAUGAAAACGAUCACAGAUGAUCCGGAGGGAUUUUUCGAGCAAGGCGGUUGGACGUUCUUAGACGCCGACUCGGGUAGUGAAGAUGAAAAUGAGGAAGAGGAAUCUGAAGAGGAUGAGGCGUAUGAGCCUACUGACAUCGAAUCUGACGAAGAGUCAGAUGAAGAUGAUUCAGAAUAUUCAGAGGCAUCUGAGGAUGAGAGCGAUGAUAGUGAAGAACUUGGCUCUGAUGAGGAGUCGGGUAAGGAUUGGUCAGAUUUGGAGCGUGAGGCUGCCGAGGAGGACCGCAAUCAGGAGUAUACUGAUGACAAACCCAAUGGCAAACAUUAUGAUUCAAAGAAACACUCGAAAAGUUCAAAACACAGCUCCAAGGAUAAACAUCAUGAUCGCAGUCGUGACAAGCAUCAUUCCUCAUCGUCGUCGCACAAGGACAGGAGCAAAGAUAAGGGCAGUCAUCAUAGCAGCAGCAGCAGCCACAAGCGGUCGCGCGAUGACAGUCGAGACCAUGGCCACAAAUCGAAGAAAUCGCGUCACUGAGCCCACACACACUGCGCAAGAACGGCGUAACACAUACAAUUACAAAUAGCCCAAAAUGUCCCACAGAAUGAAUGAAUACCAUGUAAUGCACUGUUUGUUUAGUGUUUACUGUCCGAUUAUUUUGUAUGUUUUGUUUGUCUCUAAAAUCAGCCAGUUUUAUUGCAGAAUGUAUAUUUAGCUAUUAACAGAGAUUGAAAUUUAUAAACAUUAAAAAUAAGUUUGAAUAUAAAUCAAUAUUCCAUUUGUAAA